AUGGAGCUGAAUAAGAGUUGGAUUAACAUAUCAAACAGGCUAGAUCCUCGAUACGAACAAGGAAUUCAGGAGUUUAUUCAGUUUGCCUAUAGACAUAAGUCUCCUGGGGCAAGCAUAUAUUGUCCGUGUAUUAAAUGUGUUAACAGAUAUUUUCAUAAACGAGAUGUUGUGGAGGAACAUCUCAUUUUGAAUGGGUUUGACACUAAUUACAUAAUAUGGACGGUUCAUGGAGAGUUAUAUGUGCCUCGUCAUAGUCGAGAAGAAUUUCAAGAUCAAGAAUGUAAUAUUGGAGAUGAUAUGGUGGGAAUGAUACAUGAUGCACAUGGAGUUCCCAUAAACAAUGCUGGAAGUAGUGAAAAAGCUACGAGAUUCUAUGAAUUGUUGGAGAAGGCAGAAACAGAGUUAUGGCCUGGUUGUAAGAACUUCACGACAUUAUCAUUUAUUGUUCGUUUACAACACUUGAAGGUAUUGGGUGGGUUGUCGGAUAAAAUAUUUGAUAUGUUGCUUGAGUUGUUGAAUGAGGCAUUUCCAGAAGGAGUGUCAUUGCCACGAUCGUAUCGGGAGGCUAAGAAAUUGAGUGAGGAUUUAGGUUUUAAGUACUAUAAGUACGAUGCAUGCCCUAACAAUUGUAUGCUCUUUUGGAAAGAUGCAUCAAAGUUGGAUAAAUGUACUUUUUGUGGAGAGUCAAGGUAUAAAGAAUACGAGGUGCACGUGGACGACGAUAUAACGAAGAUGAAAAAAGUCGCUUCUAAACAAGUACGACACUUUCCUUUGAUUUCGAGACUGCAAAGAUUGUUUAUGUCUAACAAAACAGCAUCGUUAAUGAGGUGGCAUGAAGAAGGUAGAACAAAGGAUGGUAUAAUGAGGCACCCUGCUGAUUCAUUAGCUUGGCAAUCUUUUGAUGAACAACAUCCAAAAUUCGCUGAAGAUAGUCGCAAUGUUAGACUUGGGUUGGCUUCUGAUGGGUUUAAUCCGUUUCGAACAAUGACCAUUAGCUAUAGCAUUUGGCCAGUUGUGUUAAUGCCAUAUAAUCUACCGCCUUGGUUAUGUAUGAAACAACCUUACUUCAUCUUGUCUUUAUUGAUUGAUGGACCUCGUGCACCAGGAGACAAUAUUGAUGUGUUUCUGCAACCGUUGAUUCAAGAGUUACAAGAAUUAUGGAACGAAGGGAUAGAAACUUAUGAUGCUUCAAGAAAAGAAAUGUUUCACAUGCAUGCAACAUUGUUGUGGACGAUUAAUGAUUUUCCUGCGUAUGCUAAUUUAUCUGGAUGGAGUACUCGAGGAAGAGUUGCUUGUCCUUGUUGCAUGAAAGAGACAGAGUCCAAAUGGUUAAAACAUGGUGGUAAGUUUUGUUAUAUGGGUCACCGUAGAUUCUUGGAGGACAUGAGUCAUCAUUUUCGGUUAGACAAGAAGAAUUUUGAUGGAACUAUUGAAAACCGUGUUGCUCCUCCUCAGUUAUCUGGCUACGAUGUAUUCAAAGAUGUUGAAUUUGUUAAGAAGAUGUAUGGAAACCGUGAGAAUUCUGGCGCUAGUGUUGGGAGAGGAAUGGGUGGUUGGAAAAAACAUAGUAUAUUCUUUGAGCUUCCAUAUUGGCAAGACAAUUUGAUCCGACAUAAUCUCGACGUCAUGCACAUUGAGAAAAAUGUUUGUGACAACAUAAUUUGGACGUUAUUAAAUGUUUCAGGUAAAUCAAAGGACAACUUGAAAGCACGUCUUGAUUUGAAAGAACUAGGGAUAAGAAAAAAGUUGCAUCCUGAAGAUCGUUUAGGUGGGAAGAAGUAUUUACCUCCUACAUCUUUCACGUUGAAUCGAGAACAAAAACAUAUAUUUUUGAAAGUAUUGAAAAGUAUAAAAUCACCUGAUGGAUUCUCAUCAAACAUAUCACGUCGUGUCCAACUCAAAGAACACAUAAUGAGUGGACUUAAGAGCCAUGACAAUCAUGUUUUGAUGCAACAUUUGCUUCCAUUGGCAAUUAGGAAGGUGUUCAAGAGAAAGUAUGUCAGUAAAACUUUGAUUGAAUUAUGCAAUUACUUUAAACAGUCGUGUUCUAAAAACAUUACAGUAGACGAGUGUAACCAAUUGAGGUCACGCAUUAUAUUGGUGCUUUGUCACCUCGAGAAAAUAUUUCUACCGAGCUUCUUCAAUAUAAUGGAGCAUUUAGUUGUUCACCUGCCUGACGAAGUCCAAAUUGCGGGACCGGUAAUGUUUCGGUGGAUGUAUCCAGUUGAGAGGUUCUUAUUGACAUUGAAAAAGUAUGUAAGGACUAGAAGUCAUCCAGAAGGAUCUAUUGCUGAAGGUUACUUGGCAGAAGAGUGUUUGACUUUUUGUGCAAGGACACACUUACAAUCCAUUAGAUUGGAAAGAAGAUGUGCUAGCAAUCGUGAAAUUACACAAAAACACCAUGAAAACUUCCCAUCAUGGUUUCAAAAACAUGUUUAUGAAUUGCAAGUAAGUGGUCACAAUGUACCCAAUGAAGUGAAAACAUUAGCUGCUGGGCCUCACUCAUGGGCAUGGAAGUAUUCUGGAUACAUCGUAAAUGGAUUCAAAUUCCACACGAGGCGUCGAGAAAGGAGAAGAAUGACUCAAAACAGUGGAGUAUUACUAAAUGCAAAUACUGAAAGUUAUGCUAGUUCAAAAGAUAAACGUCCUAUCAGUGGUGAUGUUACCUUUUAUGGAGUCUUAACAGAUGUUGUUGAGAUACGAUACUCUAACGAAUUCAAAUUUGUUUUGUUUAAGUGUGAUUGGGUUGACAAUAACAGAGGGAUGAAGGUUGACAGUUUGAAUUUCAUAACUGUAAAUUUUAAUUGUUUAAUGUAUCAAGAGAAUAAACCAACAGACGAACCUUUUAUACUUGCAACUCAAGCAUCACAAGUGUGGUAUGUGGCUGAUCCUCUUAAUGAAGAAUGGAACGUUGUCAUGAAGAUGACACCUAGAGAUUUGUAUAACAUGGGUAAAAGAAAUGUGGUAGGGAGCUGUGACGAGGAAGAUGCUUUAAUUAGUAAUCAUGUUGAAAUCAACAAUGAUCAGUCCUUACAUGCAGAGUUAGGAGAAUCUGAUGAAGACUACUCUUCUGGAGAAUCUGAUGAGGAUGGUAUGCUAGUCGAUAUAUUAGAUGAUGACGACAAUUCCAUUCCUUAUACUGCACACAGUGAUGAUAAUGAUUUCUAA